AUGAUUGUACGAACACUAUCCAUCACCUCAUAACGCUUACAGGACUCUAAUAUUGACGUCAUCAAUAACAAAACAGCGUUUAUGUGGUUCUGACGUAUUUCUGAGAAAUCGGUCCUCUCAACCCAAUCAAGAAGUAGCAAUAUAUCCUUUGGUGUGGCUAUAGCGAUCAACGCAGCAACAGCAAGUCUCCGCAGCUUUUCGGCUCGACACCAUAAAAGUACACGAAGCAGCGCGAAUAUAAAAGGCUGUAGAGGAAAAUCCACUGCUGUUUUCUUCGCAUUUGUUCCGACCGUAGCCGUAACGCCAGCAUUUGACGGAAAAAGGUGUGUGAGAAAAAUAAGAAUAGGAUAGACACUGAACUCGUCUUUGGGAGUACGUAGUUGAUCGAAUAAAUAACUGUACAACGAGGGAAACCUUGUGAAGAAUUCAUACGAACUCUGACGAUUUUUCGAGUCCACUUGGAGGUCUCGUUGACUCUUAUGAGCAACUCCGAAUAUUCGCGUUCUAAGAGCUGCCGCUAGCUGAGCGGCUGCAUUGCGUUCCGGCCACGUGGCAGCUGAGCAACCAUCAACAGCUACACGACAAGCCCACUCUAAGGCAGCCGUAAUUCGAUCUCCAAGAGCUGCCGACGAAAAUAUCGCCCUAAGCACAUUGAGCGAGUGUACCCGAUAGGUGACAGAUUUAUGACUCAUUUCCAGAAGAGACUUGAGAGCAAUUUUGAGCGACUGGCUGGCAUGAUUAGGUGGUUCGGUCGCCAGAAUAGUGGUAACAAGAUGAGGGACACCGGCACUACGUCGGGUUGAGCACAGGUUUUGCGAAUCUUUCUUUCCAUCCAAAGCAUUGAGAAUUUCGCGCAACCAUUCCACGGGUUUUGGCAGAGAAGGAUCAUCGCUUUUCCAAAGAUAAGUGCACAAUGAAGAGAAGCCUUCCACUGCCGUUUCAAAUGCUCCACAAUGUUUGCACUCGGUAAGCUGCAGCCAGUAAAAAGCCCCAAUGCGAUGAACAUGCUCAGGGGAGAGAAUUGAAAGUGGACAAAGCUUCACUACUGCCCAUGAAAGGAUCGCCGAUACAUGCUUAUGAGCUCGCCAACAGCAAACCAGUAGUAAUUGGGACACUUCUGCUGCCAUGUGAAUAGAAUUCCCGUUCGCCGAAGAAAUCGCCAAAUUCCUCAACGCAUCGUCCGGAACAAAGCCCUCCGGUGACAUUGAAUGGACUGCUGGUGUCACCUGCAUCCUGUAGCCAGUUGCUAACGUAUUGUGCGAGCGAAUUGAUUUCAUCAUUUCGAUAGUUUCACUCUUGAAAGUCAUAAAAUCAAAACCUUUCACCACCGGAAGAUUUUUGAGUAUUUCCAGAGCUGUAGUUUGACAUAACUGGAAAGAAUCAUCCAAACAGGAAACCAACGCAGCGAACUGAUGAGGUGUAAUAGUGUCAUACAGAUUGAGUUGUUCGAGGAAUAAUGUUUUUCCAUGCGGUCGCAAUGUCUCCUCAACAUAG